ACUUGGCCAUCUCGAAAGUCGCAUCCACCACACCCAUCCACAAUGGCGACACCACAGGCAGGACCAUCAACACCGGCAGCAGUGCCCGCACAGGCACAGCAGCAGCAGGCGGCCGCAGAGGCGCUGAAGCGCCGCGCCGAGGGGGAUGCCGAUGCAGCCAGGAGAUUGAAACAUCCACGACCACCAUUGCCGCCGCCGCAUGUGCUGCAGGCGCUCGUGCCCGACUCGCCGGCGUUCACCGAGCUCAUGAAGAUUGAGCAAAAGCUCGACUGGACGCUCCUGCGGAAAAAGGCCGAGAUCAACGACGCGCUCGGCCGCUCGACGCGCAUCAAGCGCACGCUGCGCGUCUUCCUCAGCAACACGGUGCACGACCAGCCGUGGCAGCUGGCCAAGAAGGACACGGGGGCGGAAAACAACCCCGCCGUGCCGGCUACUGCUCCGCCAGCCGAGGGCGAGAAGACGGCGGACGGCGACGUGACCAUGGCCGAGGGAGAGGUCAAGAAGGAGGGCGAGGGCGACGCGGCCAAGGAGGCGACGGCUGAGGAGAAGAAGGGGGAUGAGGCGGACGCUGCGGUCCCGCCUACGGUUGAUGUCAACACUGGCAAGGGUGUGGCUGGCUGGGUUUUGCGGAUUGAGGGAAGGUUGUUGGAUACUGGCAACCACCGCCUGGACAAGCAGAAGACCAAGUUCUCCGAGCUGCUCCGCUCUGUGGUCGUCGAGUUUGACAAGCGCGAGGUGCCCACCUUCCCGGAGGGCAACAUUGUCGAGUGGCACCCGAAGCGCGGAGCCAAGGAGCUCGACGGCUUCGAAAUUCUGCGCCGCGGCGACCAGAACGUCAAGUGCCGCGUCAUCCUGCACAUUGCCCACAAGCCCGAGCGAUUCAAGGUGCUCACGCCUCUGUCCGAGCUCAUCUCGAUCCGCGAGGGCACGCGCGCCGAGAUCAUGGCGGCUGUCUGGCAGCUUGUCAAGACGUCGGGUGCGCAGGACAAGGAGGACCCCACUAUUGUGCGCCCCGUCGGCGGUCUCGAGCAGCUCAUGGCCCACGGCGCCGAGGGCCUCCGCUUCCACGAGAUCCCGGAGAUCAUCACGAGGUUCCUUGCCCACCCCGACCCCGUCGUCAUCCCGUACGAGAUCAUGGUGGACAAGGAGUUCAACUUCCACCAGAAGUGCUUUGACAUCCCCAUCGAGAUCGAGGACCCGCUCAAGAGCAAGAUGGCGCAGCUUAUUGCCGGGUUUGAGGGCCAGGCGGGCAGCGACAUCAUCAAGCUCGAGGACAAGGUCGGCGAGCUGGCCUACUUUGCGCGCGAUCUGAAGCAGAAGCGCGACUUUUUGGAGUCGUUUGCCGCCUCGCCCUACGCAUUCAUCCACAACUGGCUGGCCGCACAAGCGCGCGACCUCGACCAGAUGCUCGGCUUCCAGAUUGGCGCGCCUGGCACCAACGGCGGCUCUGUCCGCGAAGAGGACCUGCGCAGGUCGGAUCUGUUCCAGCUGCCAUGGGUGGACGAGGGCAUUGCCGUGUACGAGGCGCAGCGGGCAACGGAGAAGGCUCACCAGCAGGUGCUGCAAGCGCAAGCGGCGCAGGCUGCUGCUGCUCAGCAUCGGUGAGCGGGGCUGGAUGGUGCAGCCUAUGGCGUGCGGUAGAGUCAGGUAGUUUGCGAGUGCGUUGCGCCGUAGAUGGUGCCAGCAGCAGGUAGAUUCAUGCAUGUAUCACGAAG